AUGUGGUUAACUACUAUCUUUUGCGUACUCAUACCGUUCUUAGUAAUUGAAAAGAGUAACGGAAUUACAAGUCCUAUUCAAACGUUUACUAGCUACAGAUAUUCAACUGAACUUCAAAAUAAUGUAGCUGAUCUUUGGUGGACAGUGGAUGAAACAAAACAAGAGAUUACGUUUGAAUUACACGUGAAAACAUUAGGAUGGAUUGCUUUGGGUAUUAGUCCAGCUGGUGGAAUGAAAGGUGCUGAUAUUGGACUUGGAUGGAUUGAUCAAUCAGGUCAAGUUCAUUUUCAAGAUCGACAUGCAUAUAAUAAUUCACGACCAGUCGUUGAUACUACAACAACUGAUUGGUUUGCACUUCAAGGUCGUGAACAAAAUGGAUGGACAGCAAUUCAAUUUAAACGUUUACUUGAUACUUGUGAUACAAUGGAUGUUCCAAUUAAAUCCGGUACAAAUAUUCUUAUUUUUGCUUACGGUCUUGAAGAUCCCGAUAUGUCGACACCAAAUGGUAUGAUUUACUAUCAUGAUAAUCGACGAGGUUCACGCAUAAUUCCACUACGAUCGUAUGGUAAUCCAUCACCUGACGAGAAAUUUGCUGAACUUGAUUAUUUCGACUUUCAAUUGAAAGAUUAUAUCGUACCAUCAACUGAUACUACAUAUCAUUGUAAAAUCUACAAAAUACCAGAACAUCUGAAACAACGAAGACAUGCAGUUGCUCAUAAGACAAUCAUUGAUUCAGCUAAUGUAGAUAUUGUUCAUCAUUUGUUGAUGUAUGAAUGUAAUCCUACAGCUAUAUUUGAUGAUAAUAAUUUACCAGAUGGUGAGUGUGAUCAAAUUUAUAGACAAGUUCAGGAAUGCUCAGCGAAUAUUGCAACUGGGUGGGCUGUUGGUGGUGAUAGAAUUGUAGAAUUUCCAGAGAUCGCUGGUUAUCCAGUUGGAGGUGAUUUUGAAAUCAAAUAUUAUAUGGUACAAAUGCAUUAUGAUAAUCCAAAGAAAAUGUCAAAUCGUCGUGAUAGUUCUGGUAUUCGAUUCUAUCUUGGAAAAGAACUUCGUGAACAAGAACUCGGUUAUCUCACACUUGGAGCAGAUUCAAAUGCUGGUGGUAUUGCUAUUCCACCAGGUGCUGAUCGAUUUAUUAUUGAUUCAUAUUGCCCAGCUAGUGCAACAAAUCGAUUUCCUAAAUCAGGAAUAACAGUUACGACAGCUUUUCCACAUACACAUUUACAAGGUGCAAGUGUAUGGACGAAGAUAAUUCGAGAUAAAAAAGCUGUGGAUUAUUUAUUCAAUGGUGAAUCAUAUGAUUUUAAUUUUCAAUUUGAAAAUCGUCUUCCAAAACCAGUUCAAUUAUAUCCAGGAGAUGAAUUUGCUACUCGAUGUGUUUACAAUACAAUGAAUAAAGAUGAAAUCACUCUAGGUGGUGAAAGAACAAAAGAUGAAAUGUGCUUACAUAUGUUUACUUAUUAUCCUCGAAUGAAUAAUUUCUAUGGUUGUAUGAACACUAAUUCUCAGAACGCAUGGAAGCAAGCCAUGAAUGUUACGGAACCAAUUGAGGAUUAUAUGAAAUUUCAACAAUGGUUAAGAGAUUUAAAAUGGACACCAGAAUCCAUAAACAAAUGGCAAGAAUUUUAUGAUAAUGCUCCACGUCUUCUUAUUGCUGGUGGUGCAGGCAAUUUUACUUAUGAAGAACUACCGAGAUUACCAGAAUAUAUUGAUUUAAAACCACAAGAAUGUAAAAAAGAUAUUUCAAGCAAAGGUAUUCAUGAAACAUCAUUUAUUUCUUUGACAAUUAUUUCAUUUUUAAUGACAUUUAUAACAAAUUUUUUUAUAAUACAAUAA